UCUCAGCCCCGGGACACCAAGCAGCCCCAUGUGCUCUGACCUCCCGCCCAGAUCCGUUCUCCUGAGUCCCAGGCCCAAGGGCGCCUCCCCGAUGGGAUUCUGCCUCCACCCUUAGGACAGAGCCCCUGGACUCCCAGGAUCCCUGCCAGGAGGAGGAGGAGACAGCCAUCUGCUGGGGCCUGAGCGUGGCUGGGGGACAGGCCGUUGGUCCCAGAAUGCCCCUGCCCGAGCCUAGUGAGCAGGAGGCCGAGAGCGUGAAGGCCGGCCAAGAGCCAUCCCCUGAGCCUCCUGAGCCGGGCACAGAUGUCGUCCCUGCAGCCCCCACGAAGCCCAAGGAGUUCUCCAAACUGGUCCUGCUGACGGCCUCCUCAGAGAACAAGGAUGGGGGGGACUCCCAGCCCAAAGGAGUGCCUUGCGCCAUGUCCCUGGAGAUGUCUGGCCCUGACACCCUGGUCAGGACCCCCCAGAUCCUGUCGUCAGAGGAGCAGGGGGCGGCAGUCCAGCCAAGCCCCCCAACCUCUGAGCAGAAAUGCAGCAAGCCAGACACAGCAGCCCCCAAGCCCCUGGAGUUCCUGAGGACCCCAUUUGGGGGCCGCCUCCUGGUGCUCGAGUCCUUCCUGUACAAGCAGGAGAAGGCUGUGGGUGACAAGGUCUACUGGAAGUGCCGCGAGCACGCCGAGCUGGGCUGCAGGGGCCGGGCCAUCACUCGCGGGCCUCGGGCCACGGUGAUGCGGGACCACUGCCACCCGCCCGACGAGGAGGGCCUGGAGGCCCGGCGCCAGAGACAGAAGCUGCCCAGGCCAACCCUGCCCGAAGGCCUGGGGGGUCCCGAGGGCCCCGGAGGCCGAGUGGAGGAGCCGCUGGAGGGGGUGGGCCCGUGGCUGUGCCGCGAGGACCCGGAGCCCGCCCCUGGGCUGGUGCUGAGCAAGCCGGCCCCGGAGGAGGAGGGGAUGCGAGCCCUGUGGCUGCUGAGCUUGCCCCCCAAGAAACGCCCGACGCUGGGGACUGGAGAGCCCCGGGCCCUGGAGUUCCUGAGGACAUGCUACGGGGGCAGCUUCCUGGUGCACGAGUCUUUCCUCUACAAGCGGGAGAAGGCUGUGGGGGACAAGGUGUACUGGACGUGCCGGGACCAUGCGCUACACCGCUGCCGCAGCCGCGCCAUCACCCAGGGCCAGCGGGUGACUGUGAUGCGUGGCCACUGCCACACGCCCGACGUGGAGGGCCUAAAGGCCCGGCGGCAGCAGGAGAAGGCCACGGAGACGCUGCAGGCCAGGCCCGGUGGCCCCGGGGGCCGAGUGGACACACCGUUCCAAGGUGUGGACAGCCUGUUCUACCGCAGGGGGACUGGCACCCUGACACUCACCAGGCCACGGCCCAGAAAGCGUGUCAAGGUCAAAGAUCAGGGCCUGCUGGCCCAGCCCAAAGCCCUGCAGGGAGCCCCUGAGGACCAGGAUGAGGACCCGGGCGGCCCUGAGUUCCUGAGGACCCCUCUGGGGGGCAGCUUCCUGGUGCACGAGUCCUUCCUCUACCGGCGGGAGAAGGCGGCCGGGGAGAAGGUGUACUGGACGUGCCGGGACCAGGCCCGCAUGGGCUGCCGCAGCCGCGCCAUCACCCAGGGCCAGCGGGUGACCGUGAUGCGUGGCCACUGCCACCCGCCCGACCUGGGGGGCCUGGAGGCUCUGAGGCAGCGGGAGAAACACCCGGGCUCGGCCCAGCGGGGGAGCCCAGGCAGCCCUGAGUUCCUGAGGACCCCUCUGGGGGGCAGCUUCCUGGUGCACGAGUCCUUCCUCUACCGGCGGGAGAAGGCGGCCGGGGAGAAGGUGUACUGGACGUGCCGGGACCAGGCCCGCAUGGGCUGCCGCAGCCGCGCCAUCACCCAGGGCCAGCGGGUCAUGGUGAUGCGCAGGCACUGCCACCCGCCCGACCUGGGGGGCCUGGAGGCCCUGAGGCAGCGGGAGCAGCUCCCCAGCCGGGCCCAGAGGGAGGACUCAGGGACCCUCCAGCCUCUGGAGUUCCUGAGGACUUCCCUCGGGGGCAGGUUCCUGGUGCAUGAGUCCUUCCUCUAUCGGAAGGAGAAGGCGGCCGGGGAGAAGGUAUACUGGAUGUGCCGGGACCAGGCCCGCCUGGGCUGCCGCAGCCGGGCCAUCACCCAGGGCCAGCGGGUGACCGUGAUGCGCAGCCACUGCCACCCGCCCGACCUGCUGGGUCUGGAGGCCCUGAGGCAGCGGGAGCGGCUCCCCAGUGCGGCCCAGCAGGAAGACCCAGAGAAGAUAAAACUUCUGCCUGAAGUUCAACUGUGCCUCAAGACUUGUUCUCCUGAAAGCCAGCAGAUUUAUGGGAAGGUCAAAGAUGUAAAACUUGACAGCAAGUCCCAGUGAGGCCAAUCUCCUCCCCGAUUCGAGCAGAGGAACCUCACGUGUUGCCAGCAUCAAGGAUGCUCCGCGUCCACAUGGGACCCCGGCAUUUCCCACCCGGUUAGAGUUUGCUUGAC